ACACCUCCUCAUAAUGUUGGAAAUCUCUACAAGAUCACUCCUGCAUUCCGGGGGCUCCUGAGACGCUAACAUGCAGGGGCCGCUGCUAAUGCUGGCGUUUUCGAUCAUCUGCCUGCCUGGAGCAAACAGCAAAAAUGUCCGCGGUGAAUGUCCCAAAGUAGAAUUACAGGAAAAUUUCUCCCUAUCGAAGUAUAUGGGGAUAUGGUAUGACAUUGAACAUCUUCCCACACAUACUACUUCUGGUGAUUGCAUUUCAGAAGAGUACACCCUGGACAAAGAUGGUUGGGUGAACCUCAUUGUUGAGGAGAAGCUGGAAAAUGGCAGCCUCAGGUAUUAUAAAGGAGAUGUUAUUCCAACACACCUGAAUGUAACAGCCAGCCUUCAAUACCAAUUGAAACGUCCAUUCAAACAAGUGCCAGAUAUUGCAGAGCUUUCUUUCGUCCCAUACAUGGUAUUAGCCACCGACUAUGAAAGUUAUUCACUGGUAUACAGCUGCUUUCAACAGAUCCCCACCGGUUGGAAACAUAUAGAAUAUGCUUGGAUUUUGUCAAGACAACGGCACCUAACAGAAAAUGUCACAGACAAUCUGCAUGAGAUCUUGAAAUUAUAUGACAUUAAGACUGAAGAAAUGGUUAAAACCAAUCAAGAAGAUUGCCCUAAACAUGUAAACCAAUAAUCAGAUUACGUUCAAACUCAUCUGAAAAAAAGUAAUCUUUAGUUUGCAUUAUAUUUUAAUUGCUUUAGUGUAAUGUGGAUUAUAUAAUUUGUGACACUGGGCAUAAACUGACUGUAACUUUACUAAA